UCUGAUAUAUUCAUCCAUUUAUUUUUAACAAUUUUAUGAAAUAUAAAUAUAGAUAUAGAUACAUAUAUGCACAGAUACAGAGAGAGAUCGGGCCGAUCUGUGGGGCAUGUUGUAUUGAUUGUGCGGUGAAGAACAAACGUUCGAAAACAUUCUGUGAGGAUUGCCAUGGAGGUGUCUUUGCAAGCGCGGAGACCUGUAUGUCCGGGAACAAUCUUCACUCAGAGACCCCAUCUCAAGAUUGAACCAUUUCUUGGGUUCUUGCCAUUCAGAAGAACAGGCCAUUGCUCGCAUUCUUCUUCAUGGCACAAAGACCUCCCUAUGGUUGGGGCUUCUUAUCCAAUCACUGCAAGUGCAGAUUUUUCAAAAAAGAGACAGAGAAAAAUAAUCAAUCCAGGACCCAAAGGUUCUGCCCCAAAGGGAUUUGUGCCAAAAACACAAGGGGGGACGAGCACCCAGAAGCGGAGUCAGAGUAAUGAUGGAGCAAAAGGUCCAAGUACUCCCACAUCUAGUGAGUAUGCAGGGCCAAACAAGGCAACACUAGAAAUGAAAACGGAUAGUGAUGAAGAACACUCUGUGGGAGUUGAUCAAGCAAAACAAGUCCAGGAAGAAAGUGUAGAUGAAAUUGAUGGGAAAGUUCAGGAAUUAUCAUCAAUAGAAAACCCAACAUCUGUCAGUAAAAUACAACAAUUUACAGAAAAUGGAAGACUUGACACAGUUAAUGAGGAUGCUAAAGAGUCACAAAUAAUGGAAACAGUUGUCAAGAAAGUUGGGGAUAGGGUAGAAAGUACAGAUUUGGAAGGAAAGCACUUGGAUGUUACUAAGAGUAAUGAUGUAAAAGAAAAUGAAAGCAUGGGCAUCAACGAGCUACAGAAAACAAAACCAGUUGUGAGGAGUGAUGUUGAGGGUGCUGUGGAUAGAACAGGUUUAGAAGGAAAGCCCUUGGAUGUUAUAAAGAGUGAUGAUGUCAGACAAAAUAGAAGUGUUGAAAUAGAUGAGGCUAUAACAAAAAAUCAGUCAGUCAAACGAAAAUCAAUGGAGGAGAAUGACAUGUUAGUAGUUGAAGAGAGAGACAAACAGGAUUCUUCUCUUAAAUUGAAGCUAGAGUUGGAAGCAAAUAUUCGCAAACAGGUGGUGGAGAGGCUUUCUGAGGAAAAUUUCUUGAAAGGAAACAAAUUGUUUUAUUAUCCUGAGUUAGUAAAGCCAGAUCAAGAUGUAGAAGUGUUCCUUAAUAGGAGCCUCUCCACUUUGAGUAAUGAACUGGAUGUUAUGAUAAUGGGAGCUUUUAAUGACUGGCGAUGGAAAUCUUUCACCACAAGGUUGAACAAAACUCAUCUCCAAGGGGAUUGGUGGUCUUGCCAGGUUCACGUUCCUAGGGAGGCAUACAAGAUGGACUUCGUGUUCUUUAAUGGAAAAGAUAUCUAUGACAAUAAUGACAAAAAAGAUUUCUGCAUAAAUGUGGAAGGCGGAAUGGAUGUGUUCCAAUUUGAUGAUUUCUUGCUCGAGGAGAAACGUAGGGAACUUGAGAAACUUGCUAAGGAGCAAGCCGAAAGAGAAAAACAAGCAGAAGAACAAAGGCGGAUAGAAGCAGAGAAGGCUGCUAGUGAAGUUGAUAGAGCACAGGCCAGAGAGGAGACUGAAAGGAGAAGAGGAAUAUUAAGAGAGUCGAUGAAAAAGGCUGUGACGUCUGUGGAUAAUGUCUGGUACAUAAAACCUAGUGAGUUCAAAGGUGAUGACAUAGUGAGGCUAUAUUAUAACAGGAGCUCGGGUCCUCUUGCUCAUGCUAAGGAUCUGUGGAUUCAUGGAGGAUAUAAUAAUUGGAAUGAUGGAUUAUCUAUAAUUUCCAGGCUUGUAAGCUCUGAGAGACAGGAUGGUGACUGGUGGUAUGCUGAUGUUAUCGUACCUGGUCGAGCUUUUGUCUUGGAUUGGGUUUUUGCCGAUGGUCCACCUCAGCAUGCCACUCUUUAUGAUAACAAUAAUCGUCAAGACUUUCACGGCAUCGUCCCAAAAUGCAUUCCUGAAGAACUGUAUUGGGUUGAGGAAGAACACCAGAUAUACAGGAAACUCCAGAAGGAGAGGAGGUUAAGAGAGGAGGCAAUACGUGCCAAGGCUGAAAGAACAGCACUUAUGAAAGCUGAAAUGAAGGAAAGGACUUUGAAAGCUUUUCUGUUGUCUCAAAAGCAUGUAGUUUAUACUGAGCCUCUUGAUGUCCGAGCUGGAAGCACUGUGACAGUUUUCUAUAAUCCUGCCAACACCAUUCUGAAUGGAAGAUCUGAAAUUUGGUUCAGAUGCUCAUUUAACCGUUGGACUCAUCGCAGGGGGCCGUUGCCACCUCAGAAAAUGAUACCUGCAGAUAAUAGUUCUCAUGUCAAAACCCCAGUCAAGGUUCCACUGGAUGCAUAUAUGAUGGACUUUGUGUUCUCUGAGAGGGAAGAUGGUGGAAUUUUUGACAACAAAAAUGGUAUGGACUACCACAUACCUGUUUUUGGUGGAGUCAUGAAGGAACCACCAAUGCACAUAGUGCAUAUUUCUGUUGAAAUGGCGCCCAUUGCAAAGGUGGGAGGCCUUGGUGAUGUUGUCACUAGUCUCUCCCGUGCUAUUCAAGAUUUAAACCACACUGUUGACAUCAUUCUUCCAAAGUAUGACUGUUUGAACUUUAACAACGUGAAGGACUUUCAGUUUCAUAAAAGCUAUUCUUGGGGUGGGACUGAAAUAAAAGUUUGGCUUGGGAAGGUGGAAGGCCUUUCUGUUUACUUUUUGGAGCCUCAAAAUAGAUUCUUUUGGGCAGGGUGCAUAUAUGGUUGUAAGAAUGAUGGGGAAAGAUUUGGUUUCUUCUGCCAUGCUGCUCUUGAAUUUCUUCUCCAAAGCGGAUUUCAUCCUGAUAUUAUUCAUUGCCAUGACUGGUCUAGUGCUCCAGUUGCCUGGUUGUUUAAGGAUCAUUAUAUGCACUAUGGUCUUAGUAAAGCUCGGGUUGUGUUCACGAUUCAUAAUCUUGAAUUUGGGGCGAACCUCAUUGGGAGAGCAAUGAAAUACGCAGACAAGGCUACAACUGUAUCUCACACAUACUCAAAGGAGGUAUCUGGAAACCCUGUAAUUGCUCCUCAUCUCCAUAAGUUCCAUGGCAUAUUGAAUGGAAUUGAUCUUGAUAUAUGGGACCCAUACAAUGACAAGUUCAUUCCUACACCUUACACUUCAGAAAAUGUUGUUGAUGGCAAAAAGGCUGCCAAGGAAGCCCUGCAACAAAGACUCGGUUUGAAAAGGGCUGAUCUGCCCUUGGUUGGAAUUAUAACUCGCUUAACUCAUCAGAAAGGAAUCCACCUAAUCAAACAUGCCAUCUGGCGCACCCUGGAUCGCAACGGACAGGUUGUGUUGCUAGGUUCAGCUCCAGAUCCUCGUAUUCAAAAUGAUUUUGUUAAUCUGGCCAAUCAAUUACAUUCUUCGCAUGGUGACCGUGCUCGCCUUUGUUUAACCUAUGAUGAGCCUCUUUCUCACUUGAUAUAUGCCGGUGCAGAUUUUAUUUUAGUCCCCUCAAUAUUUGAGCCGUGUGGACUUACUCAGCUCACAGCAAUGAGAUAUGGUUCAGUACCUGUUGUUCGUAAAACUGGAGGACUUUAUGAUACCGUAUUUGAUGUUGACCAUGAUAAAGAAAGAGCAGAAGCACAGGGUCUUGAACCAAAUGGAUUCAAUUUUGAAGGAGCUGAUACUGCAGGAGUUGAUUAUGCCCUCGAUAGAGCAAUUUCUGCUUGGUAUGAUGGUCGGGAUUGGUUUAACUCGAUAUGCAAGCGGGUAAUGGAUCAAGACUGGUCCUGGAACCGACCUGCUCUUGAAUAUUUGGAGCUUUACCAUGCAGCUUGCAAGUGAAAGCAAAAAACUGAACAGUUGGACAUAGAUAUGGAGAUGCAACUUGAUACUGUCCCAUCAUUUGUACAGGUUUAGUGAGGGUUCCUGAUUUAAUGUUGUUUCCAUCCAUUAGUAAUGAAAGGUAAAGCCAGUUGGUAAGGUUGAUUUGGUUCUUCCGUAUUUGUGUAGCAUAAAAUUAUAGCUUAACAUCAAAUAAUGUAGUGUAUCAUUAGAUUAAUAAUGUCAGUUGUUAGAACUCUCUCUAAAAGAGGAGACUGAAUAAAUUAUAAAAGAGAAAAAGAAACGUAAACAUUUUGGUUGGA